UCAACAUGAAAAUUACUAUACACACAGGCAAUCGAACGGCACCGUUUCAGUCGUAAACUGAAUGGUAACAAAGUCGGACGCGGAAAAAUAUACACAUUUUGUGUGCAUAUAUACACAUUGACCUAAAACAUAAAUUCAUUCACCAACGAGAAGUUUAUCUGAUAAAAUUCGAAACAAAGAAGACGAACAACAAAAAAAGAAACACGGUAUCACCAAGUAUUACACAUUUAAUUCUGAAACGAUUAUUUUUUUUUUUCGUAUCGAAUCGACGAUAAUAAAAGACGAGAAAAUAAAAACAAAAAUAUCAUCAUUAUCGUGGUGUCACGAAAAAGGGGCGAAUGAAAUUCGGAUGCCCGGUUUUCAAAAAGAAAAUAAUCACAAUGAGAAAAAAUGACAUCGACACCCAAAGUGUUCAUCAAAAAUAAAAUGUUGUUUGUCCGUUUCGUAAUCAAGAAAAGCUUGAAAUUGAUAUAAAAUUUGACUGAAGGCAAAUCCAUAGAAAAACAAACAAUUGUUCGGGUCGACUGGUGCGUUCGAUUCGACCACUGUGUAUUAAAUAAUCGUUCUAAAUUCUCAUGACAGCUUAUUUAACCAAAACGAGUGCGAUGUAAAAAAUAAUAUAAACCACCGAUCGAUUUACCGAAAAGAAGACAGCAAAAACUGAAAUACGCUCCCGUUUUUUUUUUUGAAAAUGGUGUUGCACACAAAUCGGACGCGAGAGCUUUUUUUAUAAACAAAAAACUAAAUACAAUAAACAAAAAGAUAAACAAAGUAGACGAGAAAAAUUCCACUUAAAAAAGACGCAUCGAAGUACAAAAAAAUCGUUUCUUUUCAUACAUUUUUAUUUCUCUCGUUAACAAAUCUGUGAACAUCAAAUAAAAAUGCACACUCUUUGAACACUGGAUGGUGUACAAAAUAAUUGGAUUCGGUUUUUCUCGCCUUUACAAAGAUAAAUAGUUGUGUUAUUAUCAAUUUUGUAAAUAUCAUUGACAUCAUGUGAGCGGCACAUUGACAGCACGUUUGUAUCACUGAUACACACCACUUCAAUUCCACAGAUUUGUUGAUUUGUAGUGGUGUUGUCGCAAUAAACAAAACCACAACUACAAAAAAAACCCACAUUGAUUGUAAAUGUACAUAAACUACAAGGCAAUACGGAGGGACUUAAAAGUGCAUUAGCUCGUCUAAGACAUCGAACGGGCUCACCAUCAUCAUCGCCGUCGUCAACAUCAUCGCCAACUCCAAAUACCUCAUCAAAAUCUGUAGCUGCUGCUGCUGUUGCCGCCGUUCUUUCGUCUACAUCAUCCGAUAGCCGAAACACAAAUGCGGUCGAUGCAGGAUCGAGUAAUUCGUCGAAAAAGGGUUCGCCGCUUUUAACGCAUUUUUCACCGCGAAAAUUAAGAGCUCACCAUUUAAGUGGCAGUCUGCAGAAAAAAGAACGUACCUCAGACACAAAUAUGACAACAGCUGUAUCGAUGAAUCGAACGGAAAUACCGUUAAAAGGUGUGUCCGGUGGUGAUUCGAUCCGGUCAUGCCAAAUAUCAAUGGACGAUAAACCACGCUAUGAUAUCAAGUCCACAAUCAUACGAGGAACAUCGAAUAAUGUGAGCGGAUCGGCAACACAUCAACGUAAUACAAUGGAUCAAGCGAUAACGAAUCGACAGCCAAUAAAUACGGCAGGACAUUCGUAUAGCUCAGAUUCAGAUGUUGCACCGAAUACAAUGAUGAUGACAACAACAGCAGCUGCGACGACCACGUCAUCGGCCACGGCAAUGCGUCGUUUAUACUUCAAAAGCGCCAAAUUAAGCAAAACGACACAAAAUAGUAUAACGACGGGACAACAAGCUCAACAUGUGCCAAAGAUUUUCGAUGCAUUUUCGAACAAGGUUAUGGUAAUGGGAACAUCAAUAGCAUCAUCAAAUGCUGAAACCACAAUCAAUACAUCAACUGAAUCAGCAUCGACGUUGGCAACAAAUGUGACUGGAACGGAUACAUCAACGUGUGAUUCACUUGAUUUAGGUGAUACAACUGGUCAAGUGGAUCCAUUGUUGAGUUCAUUCGAUGAACCAGUUCCAUUGACUGCGAUACCUGCAAAUGCUAUGCUUAACCGCUUGGAUGAAGAAGACAGCUCACUAAUCGAAGAGUACGAAACUGAUGUGGACACAGACGGUGAUGCACAUCAUCGCCGUCAUCAAGAGGAUGAAGAUGCAAAAAUUCCAUUGUUAACCAGCCCAGAGCACCAAGAUGAGCAACAAAAGCAAAAAUAUCCGCAUUCAUCCACUGCACCACACACUGCACCAUUAAUAAGUAAAAAGCAUUUUCCAUUCGAUGUGCCAACGUCACCGCGUAGUGUUCGCACGACAGAGAAAAGUGAAGCACUUUUCACAUUUGAAAAGCGAACCGAUUUAACAACCGAUGACAUCAUCAAUGGGUGUAGCGUUGGCGGCAGCGGCGGCGGUGGCUAUGAGAAUGGUUGCAGCAAAGUGAUUGUUGACGGUAACAAAGUGUACUAUCAUGGUUCGUCGAAUUACAAGGGUGAUAAUAAAAUAAGCAAUGGCAAUGGUGAUGCUCGAUAUCGUCAUGACAAAUUGGACAAAGAGAAUGCAUGCGAAAUAACAACGAAGCAACAACAGCCACUACGUUUAAAGCAUAUGAAUGAUGAGAAUUAUUAUGAUGAACAAACGUACAGUAGCUACAGCAAAUAUUCAAGACGUGAUGGACCAUGGAAGAAUCGUCAUGGUGGCAGCAAUAAAUCGAAUAGUUCGAACAAAAUGGGAAAACUAUAUUCGAACGAUUAUACGGUUGCGUUCAGUAGUAGUAGUAAUGCAUCGAAUAAGAAACAAUAUGAUGAUACAAUGUUUCCAUUUGAUCGGGCCACAUUGGCAUACGAUGGGGGCGUUGGUGGUAGCGGUGAUAAUAAUAUGGAAUGGACAAAACGAAAUUUAUCAUCGUAUGCCAAUAACUAUUAUGAUUCACCCAGUCCCGACUAUGAUUAUUAUGAGCAAUUUCGUAGCGCACCAAGAAAAUCGACCGCAUCAAAUAUAUCGUCGGAUGGGCGACUUCUUAAGGAAUUGACAUCAUUGUCACGGAAACAAUCGAUGAAACUGAGUAAAUAUGAUCAUCCACCGUCACCAUCUAAUACAAAUACCAUGAUCACAACCAAUACCAAUGCUACAACCACCACCAAAAAUGAUCAAAACCAUCAAUAUAAAAAUCACAUAUCCGAUUCCGAUGCCUUUAGCCUAACCAAACCGAAUGCAAAAACCAAUUCUACUUCACCUGACAAUACCACCAUUAUCACAACAACAACCCACAACAAUGCUACUUCAAUUAGCAUUGUCAAUCAAUCGUCCAAUUGUAGUGCCAAUGAUCGUAAUCCAGUUUCCCAAUUUGAACAAAUUGCAUCCAAAUUUGAUAAAAUCCCCUCAAAAGUUCCAUCACAUGAUCCUCAUGAACCACCGGCCACAUCGCCUGUUCCUGAUUUGCGCGUUGACUUUUUUUCCGAACCAAUGGAUAAUACACAGAAACGACAUUCUUAUGUUGAAAUUACAAUGAAACAAAUAACAACAUCGGACAUUUCACCCAGCAUGAGCAGCACAAAUAUCAGCAUGGUAAACAACAUCGGUGGUAAUGCGGCCGGAAUAAAUGUUACUUCCAAUCCGAUGGACGAAACAUCAACUGUUACAUGUACAACGCAAACACCGCGCGCCACUAUCGUCGUUCAACAGCCAUCGUUGAGUCUGGACAAUGCGGUUGAGGUAUUCUUAUUAAAAAAUGAAGGCGAAUUCGUUAGCGUUGAACAGGGUCAGAAGUUGGGCAGUUGCACCAGUAUGGGCGAUAAAAAAAAGAAACGCGAAGAAAAUAUGCGACAGUUGCUCGAUGUAACCAAUACAAUAACAUCGGAGGAAAUGCGAGAUUUUGAAAUGAGCAGAUACGGUUCACCGCACCACAUGCGAUCACAAAGCGUGAAAGCGCCAGGCCGAGGUUCAGGUAGACCAAAUCAGCUUAGUCUUCCGCAACAGCGCUCAAGAGUGGCUUCAAUGCCAAAUACAGGGGUGGAAGAAGAAUAUUAUCGGUUGCGACACUUUUCGAUUACGGGAAAGGGUGUUAUCAAUCGUGGCGACUCGUUAAAAAGCCGACGUAGCCGCUCAAACACCAGUGUGGCAAGCUCAAAUUCCAGUACGGAACAUUUGACGGCAAAUGUAUCAAAUCCGGGCAAUUCAGCACGUACAUCGGCUACAUGUAGUUUGGCAUCGAGUCGAGAGAGCAGCACUUCAAAUCCAGGAGCAGGGCCAUACAGGGUCUUAAUGCUAGGUGACACAGCUGUCGGAAAAAGCUCGCUUGUCUCUCAAUUCAUGACAAGUGAAUACUUACACGCUUAUGACACCAGCAUCGAUGAUGAAUCAGGAGAAAAGUCGGUGUCAGUGUUAUUAAAUGGUGAAGAAUCUGAACUGACAUUCAUUGAUCAUUCGACGGCUGAAAUGUCGCCGGAAAAUUGCCUUACGAGCUACGAACCACAUGGAUACUGUGUUAUUUAUUCAUCAGCUGACCGUAACAGUUUCGUACUGGCUGAACGUGUACUACAAUCGCUGUGGACAUCGGAGAAUAUAGCACAAAGGGCUGUGAUAUUAGUGGGAAACAAAGCCGACCUAGCACGUAGCCGCACCGUUACGUCUGAAGAGGGAAAAGUAAUGGCGACGGCAUAUGACUGCAAAUUUAUCGAAACAUCAGUUGGCAUAAAUCAUAAUGUUGAUGAAUUAUUGGUUGGACUGUUAACGCAAAUACGAUUGAAAUUGGAGAAUCCGGAAAAAUCCAGGGAUUUAUUUCGGAAGAGAUCGUGCCGCAAAUCGAAACGAAGAUCAUGUUCACCGCUUGGUACAGCUUGUUUGUCUGGGAAUAAUGCGACCAAUCCAAGUACUCCAAUUUCAAUGGGACCGAAUGACAUGAGUGAUUGUCCAACACCACCCAGUAGUGCUCAAAAUAGCCCACGCAAAGUUCGUGGAACACGUACAUCGGCCAGUUUGAAAGUAAAAGGCUUAUUGGGUCGGGUAUGGGCACGUGAUUCAAAAUCAAAAAGUUGUGAAAAUCUUCACGUUCUGUAAAUGGCAUCAGACGGCGCACAUCAAUAUCAAAUCAACAUCAUCAUCAUGAUAAUCACGACAGAAUAUAUUGAUGUGAUGACUUUUAUUUACUCAUCCCCCGUUAUAUUCGCCAUCAAAUCCAAAUGUGCAAUAUGAAUCGAUAUAUUAUUUCGACUUCGUUCGUUCAUUUAUCCAUAUUCAAAUUUCAAUUAUCAUUGACACAAUUUUUUUUGUACAUAUGCAUUUUCCAUGCAAAAAAAAUCAAACGUCCCGCACAACAUUUGACAAGUAGCAAGUAAGUAAUUUUUUUCGGGUCCUUCUUCAAAGACUUUUAUUUUCUCUCUUUCUCAUUCACUCUCUUUUUUUAUUUAAAUCAAAAUCUGGCAGUGCUCCAUCGAUUGAAAUCUUGCAUUUUAUUUGGAUUGUAUAAGUUGAACAUAACAUUUUUUUAUAGAUCGAAGUCAAGAGAAAAUCUGUAGACGAAUUUGCUCCUUUUUUAUACCCCAGUCGAUCAUUAAUUGAAGAAAUGGUUUAACGAUAUCAAUAGUUUAACAUUUUUAGGAUGCGAUAGAUUUGUUCAAUGAAACAAUCAUAUACUAGAUCAGAUCAACACUGCUAAAAGUCACAAACCGAAGUAAAAUGUAAGGAACAUACGAAUUUUGGUUUGUUUCAUUUAAUUGUUGGUAUGUUUAAUGUUCCCGAACUAGAUUUAAAAUACAACAUAGAUUUAGCAUUAAAAUUUAAAAAAAAUAAUCAUUUUUGACAUUAAUUAAAUAGUAAAGAGGAGAACGCAGAUACAAAAAUAAUACUAAAAAAAAUCGUUUCCAUUAACACACAUGCAUUUUUGUCAUGUUCAUUGUCAUUAUCAAGAAAUGCAACAGACAUAUAUUGAGAUAUUUUCAGCCAGCUGAAUCCACUUGGGCUCUGAAAUGGAGCAACAACAAUAGAAUUCAUUGUUAUAGUUAUAAACAGUGAUGGGCACAUUAGCACUGGCUAACGAAUGUGUAAACCAGCACUAAUACAUACAUAUAUACAGUGAGUUGUAUGUCACUCAUAAACGUCAGUGAGAAUCGUACGUAGUCCCACAGAUAGCUGGCUAACGAUUGGCAUAGACCAGUUGUUGGUGUAAACCAAGGCUAAGACAAUGCUGGCUAACGAGAAAACAUCACUGUUUAUAAAAACACUUCCAUUGUACAAUCACUUCAAUUGUUUUCACUCCAUAUCAGCCUCUGAAGUUAGCUGCCUGAAAAUGUCUCAAUAUAAUAUCUGCAAAGCAACAACAAGCGAGCGCAACAAUUGUGCGAUUGCGUUUUAGCUAGUUUCAUAUUUAUUAGUAGAUAGAUGGAUCAAAAUUUGAUAACACACAAACUCUCUCUAUCUCUCUCUUUAUCAGGCUGUGUGUUCGGUAUGAUUUCAGUAGGCACUGAUAUUUCUAGAUGCAAGAUAUGUGACCCAUAGUAUACCGAACACACAGUCUGCUCUUUAUUUCUCAUCGAUUAAACACUCUAUUUAUUAUCACAUUUGAUUUCUGAUCGCAAUAUCAUUGGACUUGAGAAUAUUCAGCUUUAAGAUUUCCCAAUCGAAAUUCAUAGAAUACACCGCAGACCGCACUCUCAUGGUUUCUAUCGCAAUCGAAAAACGUUCAAGCUAUAUCAAAACUCCUCUGUUUUUCUAUCGUUGUCUUUUCCAAAGAAUUUCUCUAAUUUCAUCUUGAUUCUCAUUCGAUUGCGCUCAGAUGCAUUCUUUCAAAUCAACCACAUCGAUGAUUUAAACAUAAGACAAAACAAAAGCCUUAUCGGUGGGCGCGAUUCGAUUGAAUUCACAAUCCCCUCCUCCUCCAAAACAACACGUAAUGCGUAUAUUUACAUAUUUUGAAUUAUCAGAGCAAUUCGAUUGAACAAAAACAAAACCCCUUUUGGUCCCUUAGUCCGACUUAGAAUCGAAUUUAUUAUUCACCAAAAUGCAAUUUUAAAUGAUUUACACAUAAAUUGCAAUUUAAAAUGAUAAACCGACAAAAUCAAAUACCAUAUGAAGCAGUGUUAUUUUUUUCAUUUAUUUGCUCGUCAUCGUUGUCGUCAAAUCUAUAUAAAUUUAAAUAAUUUCAAUCAUUUUAUUGAUAGAACCGUUCAAAUUUUUGGGUCCAUUUUUUCCAAAUACUAAAAUUAUAUAAUUAGCAAAUCUAAUCUAAAUGUGUAUUGUGUACAUUGGAUAUAAUUAAAUAUUUCAAUUAUAAACGAACAAAAAUAUAUGACAAAUGUUUGGUUAAUUUUUUUGCCACUGUGUGAUUUAGGUUUGUUUUUUUAAGAAUUGGACAUUUACAAAAUAGUUUUUAAUCUUUGGUCAAUGAGCAAAUACCUGACCGAGAUCAUUUUUAAGUGGAACAACUGCAUGACUAUAAAUAACGGCUUGAAUUUUUCACGUGAUACUUUUACUUUUGAAAGAAAUAACAUUUCAUUUGUAAUUUAAAAUCACAUCAAAAAUCGAAAAAAAAUCAUACAAAAAGUAAAACUAUGUUCGGCACGUGUUCACUUGAAAAUGAUUUCGGCAGCGUAAUGCCUCGUUGCGAAUAAUGACAGCUGGUUUAAGUCGAUCCUUUAGAAUUAAUUUUAAUAACCGAUUUUCCAUAAUAAUGACCCUAGCACUGAAAUGGUUCACGCAGCACCAUUUAAUGGGUUUAUAUAAAAUUGAAUAGCAAUUAACAAGAAAUGUAUAGUGUUUAAGUAUGUUUACAAAAAUUAACGUAAACAAAAACAUAGCAUAAUGCAUGCGGUAAUGUCUAUUUAUUUGCGAGUUUUGCGAAUAUGGGCAUUAAUCCAUUUGAAAAAAAAAAAUGGUUAAAUUCGCUAAACUCGAGUAUAAAUAAAUGAUACCUAUUGCCAAUGUAUCAUACAAAUGAAUAUCGGCGAAUUGAACGAUUCAACACAAUGGCACGCAUCAUUGGUGUGCGUGCGUACGGUUUAAAUCGAUGCAAAUGCGCUCGUUAUUCGUUUGAACAAAAGAACAAAACAGUCUAAUUUAUUAACAUUCACAUUAGUUAACGCAUACACUCGAUCACAAGAGAUUCGUAUGCAUAUGAUAGAGAUAUACCAAAAUGUAAAGAUUUAAAUGCAAUAAAUACAAUUUACAAUUUUCAGCGUUUAGUUUCUAAGCAGAAAAUGUUGCGUUCAGUUUUUUUUAUUGGACCAUUUUAAGAAUUUAGAAUAUAUGUUUCUUUUCUCUUGUUUUUUCGUUGCAUUGAUUUUUGUAGUUUCGAUUUGGUUUCAAAAUGAGCGUCAAAUGAUUUCAUUUGAUUGACCAUUGCAAACAAUGCGAGUCCAAUUUAGAUUUUAUAUUUUGUUGAUUAGUUUUUUUGGUUUCUUGGCGGUUGAUUUUUUUCAUUCAUUUAAGUGAAAUAAUAUAACAAUAGAGUUAAUAUAUUCAUAUAAAUAAUCGAGAUAGCGAGCAAAUGGGAGCAAUUCAUUAGGAAUCUCAAGAAAUAUAUUGAAUUUUGUACAUUGAAAUUUAUUGAGAUUUUACUAGAGAUUAAUUAUUAUAUAUGUUAUAGCAUAGUAAAUUACUGAAAUCUAAACACAAUGAGCAUACAAAGCCAAGAGCAUACCAAUAUCUACGGCACUCGAAUAAAGUUGAAUAUUCAUUUUGGAUGAAUAGUGAGUGUUAUCAGUUGGACAGUUAAAACUAAUGCUUUCUUUCACAAGUUGGCAGGGUGCUCUCACUUUGUGUUUUAUGCAGGACUGUGUUAUGAUAAAUAUCGUAUCUCUUGGCUUUGCAUGAAUCGUUUACAACCAUCGGAAAAGCACAAAAAAUAUUUGAUUUUAUCAAAUCCUACACUACAUAUUAAUGAUGAUUUUUCAUUAAGUUUUUUUUUUCAAAAUUUAUCACAAUUCUUGUAUAUUUCUCUUUCUCUCUCUCUCGCACACUCUCUAUUUCUCUGUGUUUGAGUCUUUGCUCAUUUGAGUUUAUUUCUCUAGUGCUGAUAUCGAUGAUCGAAAGUGAAUGAAAAUGAUGCUGGAAGUCGAAACAUAAUCAAAACAACGAUUUACAAAGAUAAAAAUAACAUAAAUUCGGUCGGCAUACAUUUUUUAAGCAUUGAAAUUUAUUUGGGUGUUCAAUGACCAUAAAUCCUGACGACUAAGUAGCCGAGCAUCUAAAAAAAUGUGACCGAAAAUUCCAAAAAUCAAAAUCAUUAAGAUAAACAUAGAGGAAGAAAAAUCGUUGUAUUUAUGACUUACAGCAAUAAAUGAUUCUAUCCGCCAUUAACAGAACAAAUCCUAUCAGCCACUUGUGGAAUGGCAAACUUUUUUUCGUUUCACUCUCUUCUAAUCUCUUAAAAUUGUGUUUGCAUUUUUCAACUGAAAAUUUAUCUUUGUUUGCUGAUUAAGAAAGGAAUUUGAAGACAAAAAAAAAGACAACAUAAUUACCUUUACGGUGGGUGGGUGUGUAUGUGUUUCUUUUCUUUCUGCAUAAUUUGUUUGGGGAACCUCGAAAUGCGAAGCCGAGAAAAGGGUGACAAAAGAAAACCGAAAUCAAACAAACGCAGAGAGAACAUGACAAAAGAGAAAGAACAAGGGAAAACUAACUAAUUUUUUAAGCUUAUCAAGCUGUUCGGAAAAAUCGGGUAUACAAGGAAAAAAUACAUUCGCGACAAAAUCGUAAUUUUACGAGAAUGUUGCGCGCGCUGCACAGCAUGUGAAAUAAACUGUGAAUAAAUGCAUCAACCAGCAACACGAUAAUAAAAACCACAACCACAACAACAAGUACAUGUGCAUGUGAAACAUAUAAAAAUUAUUUUAAAAUGAUACAAACACAGUGUAUAAAAUAAACAUAUAAACAUAAACUUGCACAUUUUCCUCCCCAUGCUUCUUCGCCAUUAAAAUACAAAAUAAUUGAAUUAACAAUGCAAAAUCAAAUCAAAUAAAACAUGUGUAUAGAAUGUUAAAAUGGAUUUGAUAACACAAAAGUGUACAGCAUCAAAUUCAUUUUCAACAGACAACCACACAGCUUACACUAAAUUUUCAAUAGAAUAAAAUUACAUAAACGCCAUGCAUUUUUUUUAACACAAAGCUUAUGAUCAUUAUUUGACUUUCAAAUGAUUCAAGAAAAUACGACGAUUUGAUUGUCAAGCAAACAGACAAAAAAAAACACAAUCAUUUCAAUUUGGGUUAAUUCAAUCAAUGUGUCUAAAUAUAUAUAAAGCUAUUGGUUAAUUAAGUGUAUGCAUGUAUAUAUUUUCAAAUGCCCAUAUUUCUCAAUUUCGAAACAGUAAUCCACAAUUUAAACAUAAUUUUUAAUAUAAAAAUACAUAAAAUAUAUUUGAAAAGUACGGAGAAAUAAAAUUUGAACCAAAAAUAUACCUUUUUUUCGGUGUAAAUAGAAUAUGUUUUUUCCAAAUGGUAUAAAUAAAUCAAUGUCGCCGAAAAAUAAAGCAAACAAUUUGCCAUGGUCCGUCCGAGCAAUUCUGAGUCUGUUUCAGAAGGCGUUCGAACCUAUUUUGGAUGUUACGAAAUUAUUUGAAUGCGACCAAAAAAAAAAGGCGAAAUAGGAAGAGGCGAAAUAGAAUGAUGCUUUGAAGGCAGUUGCCCAGCGUUUAUCAAAUAUUUCAAAUGAAAUGUUACACACAAUGUAAAGCAAACAUUGCUAUAAUUUAUGCACUCACAAUUAAUCGAUGUCAACUAAACAUUCUUUUUUCUAAACGUCAAUCACCCCAUGCCCUCUUUAUUCAAAUUUUAUCGAAUUCAUAUAACAUAUACACAUUUUUCUAUGUAAUAAUAUUAAGAAUUUUGAAGAAAAUUGUAAUUGUAUAAUCGCAAAGAGUUAAGAAGAAAGAAGCCCAUGAAAUAAAUGAUGUAUUUAAUUUAAGGCAUAUUAUAUAUUUCAUUUAAUAUUUGAAAAAAAAAAAAAACGUGCACAAUUGUGCCCAAAUAAUCCAAAGCAAUUUCGUUAUUAACAUUAGAGAGCAUAUCUUUUGUUUUAGGUUUCGUUUUGAUGGUAAAACUCUUUUGACAUAGAGAGAAAACAAAAGAAUAAUUAAAUAAAUACAUACAAAUUUUCGUUCGCACAUGUCAUUUGUCUAUAAUAAAUAUGUUACAAGACAACAAUGAUAAGAGAAAAAACCAAUUUUAUUAUAUAAUAUAUAUGUAUAUGUUCGAUUCACAAUUAUCGUUUUUGAUCGACAGAUGUGUAUAAAUUAUCUGAAUGCACAAAUGGAAUUUACAACAACAAAAAAAACAACAACAUACAAAUAGUUAAUUAUUAAUCGUAAAUUUAUGAAUUAUUUUAUCAAAACUUACGAACGCGCAUUUGGUAUCAAUGCCGAUUUUCACACAAACUCUUUAUACUUCCGAAUUUGUGACUCGAGAGAGUUCGUCGAAAUAUAAUAAGUUUGUGUGCAUUUUUGCGUCGUCCAUCGAAUGGCAUACUAGCCAAAACCAAAGAAAUCAAACCAAUACAUACACAAAAUGAAUAGACAUGUAAAUGAGAGUAAAAAAAGAAGAUACAAUUCCAAGUAUAACACAUUUAAGGACACGAAUGAGCUGAAAUCAUGCCAAUUAGCAUGUAGAAAUGAGGGUAAAUUAGUUAUUUAAGCCAUAUCACGUAAACUUUCAUAUAAACACAAUGUAUUUGGUUCGAUAAGUCGUGCUUGAUGACAUUUUGGCUUGUUGUCGAUCGUUUAUCGAUAUUGCAUGAUACAAUGAUUGCUUUGUUCUUCAUACUUGUUCGAUCAAUAUUUUCGAUAGCAUAUAAUACAAACAUUGGAACUAUUUGUAAAACGUCAAUGAAUAUCGAUAAGUGGUCGACACAAAAAAUGUAACGAAUAUGAAUUUAAUGGUUCUUUUGGUUAAUGUAUACGAGCUAAAAAUUUAACAUUAACAUUUAAUGUAAUAACAUCCAUGUCAACCCCCCACAGUGUGUCCAUUUGUUGUUUUUAAACUCAGCCCAAGUGUGUGCACAUUACCUUUUAAAAAGGAUCAUUAAUGUGAACAAUGUUUAGGUCCAAAUCGUUUUUUUUUUUUUCUUCACACAUUUGAUCACAGUUUUUAUUUUGUGCCGCCCCCCGUAUAGAUUUAAGACUUAAUCGAGAUUUAAAUUUAAUCAAAUGAUGAUAAAACA